CUUCAAAAACUGCAGGGAGUGGAAAACACAUAAGGGGAAAAUCCAGAGAGCGGAGAAUAAGAGAAUUGCCCCUCCAUAGCCGGAGCCAGAUUUCUAGACUUCAGCGUAACCAUACAACAAAAGGCUACACAACCUCGUUUGGAAGUUCUGGCAUAGUGGCAUCCGAACCUAAAUCCUUUUUUCCAUUAACUUAAUGGCUUAUGGGGUGUGUCAUCACCAAUUUGAUGUAAAAACAGUUACACAAUCGUCGCCAUCUCCUGUAAUCUCCCUUGUGCACACUUUACCGUAUGGAGCUGAACCCUUGCUACACUCAGACACGGGUUCAUCUGCUAGUCCUUCAACUUCCUCGGGCAAUGAACAGGAAGCAUCUAAAGCUCUGAAAGAUGUGCAUUUACCAACACGGUUGAUGGAUAUGUUUCUCGACCUUGCCAGUGGUAACACCAGCAAGGAUUUAGAGACCUGUGGAGUUCUUGGUGCCUCUUUGAAAAAAGGAACCUUCUAUGUGACCACUCUGAUAAUACCAAAGCAAGAAUCAGAAUCCAAUUCUUGCCAAGCUUUACAUGAGGAGGAGAUAUUUUCCAUACAAAACCAACAGGGCCUUUUCCCAAUUGGAUGGAUUCAUACACAUCCGUCUCAGAGUUGUUUCAUGUCAUCAAUUGAUUUGCACACUCAAUAUUCAUAUCAGGUAAUGGUCCCAGAGGCUGUCGGCAUUGUCAUGGCACCAACUGACAAAUCAAGGGAUUAUGGAAUAUUCAGAUUAUCAAACGGUGGGAUGAGAAUCCUCAAGGAUUGCUCGGAGAAAGGGUUCCAUCCUCAUAGAGAACCAGCUGACGGAAGCUCCAUUUACGAGGACUGCUCCAAUGUCUAUGUUAAUCAAAAUCUUCGGCUCGAGAUAUGUGACCUAAGAUGAAGCAAUAAUAUGUGUACGUACUACGUAGUGUAGCUUUUUUCAGAUGUAGAGGUGUCAUGCCCUCAAAAUAAUUGACUGACAUGAUUUGACCCAUUUUGGGGCUAGAGAACAUCAAGUAUAGGAGUAUAUGAAUGGUGUGAUUAAGAUUGGGUAAUGAA